AUGAUGAGCUUAAACAUGAGCGCGGAAUGCAACAACAAUACUAUCCGCAACGGGCAGUGCUACAAUCUCGCUGUUUGCGGCUACUGCUACGAUUUCGCCGAGGUCAAGACGGUUUCAAAGGAGUAUGAGACAUUUAACCUGAUUGUAAUUGGCGUUCUCUUGCCAACUGUCGGUUGUUUGGGUCUAAUUGGAAAUGCUUUAUCGGCAUUCACCUACUCACGUCGUGAGAUGAUUUCAAGUCUCAAUGUCUAUUUGUUCUCGUUGGCUUGUUCGGAUAUCAUUAUAAUCUUAACUGCGUUUUUCUUGUUCUUUUUGGAGAACAUGCGCAAGAGAUCUGUAUGGGCGACAUACUAUUUUGCGGUUCUCUCGCCGGUUAUGUUUCCCGUUGGACUCACAGCCCAAACCCUGUCGGUGUUCAUAACAGUCGCAUCUGCAUUCGAUUGUUUUGUAUUGGUCACGGCUGGAGAGAAGUUCAAGUCAAUAUUCUGUUCGGUGUUCACAUCCAUAGUUAUUUUGUGUCUCAUUGUCAUUACGGCGUUUCUUUACAAUGCGCCACAUAUGUUUGAAAUCUAUGUAAUCGAUUGUUGGAGUUUAGUUUAUAACACCGCUUCAAAAGACGUGUGCCCAACCGCAUUACGAGCUAAUCCGGAUUACCUUAAAAUCUACUACGCCUAUAUGUACACCAUUGUAAUGGCUGUUGGACCAGUCGUGUUUUUGAUCGUCCUCAAUUCGGCAAUUGUUCUGAGCAUGCGUAAAUCAAAUAGCUCAAAUUGCGAGUCGGAUAUCAUCACUCUUGUUCUCGUGGUUUGCCUCUUCAUCACGUGCAAUAUUUUGCCGCUUACCGUCAACUUUCUUGAACUUUUAUUUGGCAUCAUCAAUGGUUAUUUGAUAGAUCUGUCAAAUUUGAUGGUCGUCGUCAACUCAUCAUGCAAUUUUCUCAUAUAUUAUGCAUUUGGCUCGCAUUUUCGCAGAACUCUUCAGCACUACCUUCGCAAUGUGUGGAGAAGAAAGAAAAUUCCGCUUCUUGAGAAUGAGAUUCGCGAUCGCGCAAGCCCAAGAGGAACUCUUUGCGUUCCGCCAACUGAGUGCUGCAGACAGCAAAUGAAAACGGAGCUUCCCUAUCAACAAGAGACACCUUGUCUGUCGUACGAUUCAAAAAUCAUGGCUGCAACCCUUGACGAAGCAAUGUUUUCGUUUCCAAAUCUUGCAACACCCCAACAAAAUACACUUUUUUCAUCAGCUCACGAGGAUAACGAUGAGGGGGAUAGCCCAGAAGAACCUAUGCUCGCGCAAAGAACAUCUGAAGGAUCCUGUGGUAGCAAUGGGCAACGAAAAAAAAGAGACAAUGCCAAACCGCCAAAUUUUCUGAAAGAGAAUAUGAUGAAGAAGGCAAAAGCUAAGAAUGAUUGGCAGAAUGCUCCAAAUAAUACGACUAACUCGGCGAAAAACGCACCUAUUCUCGGAGUUGUCACAAAUAUUGGUUGCGAAUAUCGUCGAGGAAAUGCAUUAGAUCCUGAUAGCAAUUGGUGUGGAUUGUGUAAUUUAUGCUGGCAAUGGCGAAAACUUCCAUUGGGUUAUUACCCAAACUACCUGAAUGAAGUGAAUUGCGAUCAUAACGAUGAUGGGUGUUUAUCAGGUUUUGGGGAAUGCCGUCCAAUUUAUCGGUCUUUGAACAUCAUGAAGAAAGUUGACGAUGAUUGGAAGCAAGUUUCGAUUGAUACUGUCACAGCGUGUGAAUGUCAAAAUAUGGAAGAAGAAAAUGGAGACAUCCAUUUCUUCGAACAGAUCGAUAAACCUCCUGAAGAAGAUGAGAGCGCCGUCAAUUCAAGCGGCUACUUUUCAAGUUUUAUAGGACACAUUUUUCGCUCUGAUGGUGUUUCUCAAACGGCUGAGGUUGAAGCAACAAGCUCGAAUAAGAAUGACAAGUUAGAAAGAAAGGAAUCGCAGGAGUCGAAAUCUUCUGAAGAAGGAGUAUUCCAGCGUUCACUCACCGACAAAUUCGCCGGUUUAUUGAAAGCAAAAGGAGGAAAUUUGAAGCUCAAGAAUUAUAACGACAGCAAUUUCAAACAAUAUUGGAUGCCUGAUUCUACUGGAAGGGAAUGUUAUCAAUGUGAGGAGAGGUUCACAACAUUCCGUCGUCGUCAUCAUUGUCGACUCUGCGGCCAAAUUUUCUGCUCAAAGUGCUGUAACAACCGUAUUGAUGGUGCCUCUCUGGGAUAUUUUGGAGAGCUACGACUUUGUGAUUUUUGCGCUAGAAAGGUUGAGCGUUUCUCAAAGGAUUCUGAAGCCGAGAAUGCGAAGAAGCCAUCAAUUCAACGCAAAAUAAGUGGUGAACAGGCGAAUAGCCAAUCUACGAAUCCAGACGCCGUUCGAACUAUAUCAAAUGGAAACAUUUGGUCAUUGUGUCCACCGGAAACUGCAAGAAACUCUGAAACACGAGAAACUCCACCACCUCCAAGUCGAAGAAAUUCCCUUGUUCAAACCGGAGUACCAACGAUUCUUUCGGUUCAAGAUCUUUGUGCUGGGCCUUCCACAGUCACUCGUAAUCAUACUACUCAUCUUAGUUCGGUGAUAAGUGAGGAAGAAGAAUCUGGACCAGAUUGGUUCAGAAGCAUGAAUCCUGGAAUGGAUGGAAUUCUCAAUAAUGAGACAUCCGAUUCGGUCGACGUGUUCUCCUAUGCAAACAUUGCUGCUGGUGCAAUUACAACAGGAUUUUCCAAUAUGACGGAUGAGCGAGACCACGAGUGCAACGACAGAAAAAUCACAUUUCCGGCACUGCUAAUGGAGGAAUCUAUGCUGAAUGCAGCCAAAGAAGAACAAAGAGACAAUCUUGUGGAGCUUUUUGAUAGAAAUACCGAACGAAUGUUAGACGAAGUUCUCAAAAGGGAAACAAUUUCGGAAACAAAAUGGCGACACAUUAUAUUGAAAACUGCUCGAGAAGUGGUCGCUCAUGUCGUUUUGAAUGUUCCAAUGGGAGAUAGCAUGAAUAUUACCGAUUAUGUUCACAUAAAAAAACUUAAUGUGGAUGUUAAUGAGCCGGAUGUCGAGAUCGUUUGGGGAACUGUUUGCACCAAAAGUUUAAUUCAUCAAGAAUUGUUGGAGCCCAGUGAGCCGUCAAAAGAAUCGAUUAUGAUUGUUGGAGGAUCGAUUGAAUACGAAAGGAUUACUGGAAAACUUUCAUCCAUUGAACCGAUAAUUGUACAGGAAGAGAAAUUUCUUGAGAAACAGAUUGAACGAAUUGCGGCAAAACGAGCAUCAUUAAUACUUGUCGAAGGGGGAGUUUCCAGAUUGGCUGCAAUUCAAAUGCAGAGAAAAGGCAUUAAAGUGGCAGUCAAUGUGAAAUUGAGCGCUCUUCAAAGGAUUUCCAGAUCAACAGGAGCUGAUAUUGUUUCGAAUUCUGAUGCACAAUUAAUUGAGCAAAAUCUUGGAUUCUGUCCGGAAUUCCAACAAAAGAAUGUAACGUUAAAGAACGGAAAAACCAAAAUGCUUAUGGAGUUCGGAGAUUGUCGCAAAGAGGCCGGAUGCACGAUUUUGAUACGAAGUGGAGAUGAAAAGGAAAUGAUUGCUGUGAAACGAACUCUGAUAUUUCUGAUUACCGUAAUGUAUUCAAACAGACUCGAACAAGCGUAUCUUAACGCAUUCAAUGUGUCCAUUGCUCGACGCCAAUCUGAUUGUAUUGUGUGCGAGAGGAAGCGCUCAAUUAUUUAUUCAACUCAAGAUAAGACAGAAUUUGAAAGGGCCUUAGACAUGUCGAUGCUCAGUUCAUCCCCAGUUAUCGAGUUCGAGCCUCCGUUUCUUGAAACAAAACCUGGAAAAUCUUGUCCGCUGAUUUCGUAUUUCAAACAGCCUUUGUACAAACUUCUAUCCGAUGAUGACGUUAGCUUAACAGACUCCGAAGAACAAGCAAUUCCUUAUGUUCCUAAGCGUCCAUUAAAGCUAGACAAUCUUCAUGGAUUUUGUGUCAACAAGAGAGGAGCUGCUCUUCCAAUCAUGUUGAAGUCGUUCAGAACAUUUGCUGGAAUCAGUUUUCGCCGAAGGACGAAAGCCUUGAUUGAACAUUCGCGUAAAGAAGUUAAGGAGAAGAUAAUUUUUCGCGCCCGUGAUGUGUUGGAUCCCCGAGUUCAUCAAACUCUUGCAGUUCUGUUUGGAUCAUUCUCUCCAAAAUCACCGAAUGCUCCUUAUUUCUGCGUCCGACCAUGGGUGGUUAGUAUGAAAUACUAUAACGACCAUGAUAUGACCGUUGGAGAGUUUCUUACAAAAUAUUGUUUCAACCGCAAUUAUGAAUGCCCAUCGUCAAAUUGUGAAGUUCCCAUGCAAGAUCAUUUCCGAAAGCUGGUCUAUGGCCGUGUUUGUGUUGAGAUUUCAACACAAUCUGUUAGUGAUGCUGAAAAUGAGUUGGACAGUGAACAGCAGAAGUCGAUAAUGGCUUGGAAGAACUGCGCAAAAUGCAGCUGCUCGUCACAAAUGGUCAUGUUUGAUCAUGACAUUUGGCACUUAUCAUUUGCGAAAUUUCUGGACUAUUUGGGAAAUUCGUGUUUCACCACUGAUACGACAUACCCAAUUUCAUCUCAAAACCAAUGUGAGCACUGCUUCUUCCACGAGAAGCUCUAUUUCUUUGCCAUGGAGAACCUUGUUACUACCUUUAAAGUGAACGCUAUUCGGCCGUACAGCGUCCUCUUCUCACCGAUUAUUUGUAAUGUAAAGGUGCAGAAAGUGAGCAAGAAAGAACUGGGUGAAGAUAUCAAGAGAAUCGCCAAUCUUGCCCUGGGUAUCUGUGAGGACACGAACAAACAGUUGGCAGAACUUGAUGAAGAAGUUCAAACGACGGCUGUGGUGUGCCGACUUUCUUCCGCGAUCCGAAACACUAUUGGAUUAGCUGGAGAAAGUCGCGAAUUUGCCAAGAGAUUGCUAAAUGAGGAAGAAGAAUUGGUUUUGUCAAAUGAUCGACUGUUUCGUGAAGCAACGGAUACUUUUAUGAAAAUUCGAGAAAUGACGUAUAGUUUGGUGAUGCUGUGGAAUGACAAUUGUAUAAUUAUUCGAAAGCGAGUCAAUGACGAAAUAAUCGAAAGUUCGCUACAAAGAAUCGAAAAUCCGUUCCCAUCACAUCUUCAUCUCUCAAUAAAGCUUCAGCCCAAGAUCGGAGUUGUAGUGAGAGACAUUCAGGACAGCCGUGGUAACUUUAAACCGGACAUAGGCAGCAUUAUUGCUUACGCUUUAUCGGCGGCUGACUACAAUAAAGUGCGAGAUGAUGUUUCUGUUGAUGAAUCGAUCAGUUCUGCAAAUGAUGGAGAGAAUAUCUCAUCAACCCAACAUUUGGAAGUUGAGUUUGAAGAUGAAACAGCUUCAUAUUACGUCAAAGCGUUUUAUGCUGAAAAGUUCCGUAAAUUACGAGAGUUUUUAAUCACGGAGGGAGAGGAAACUUUUAUUCGAUCACUUUCGAAUAGUACAUUCUGGACGCCACAGGGUGGAAAGUCUGGAUCAUUUUUCUAUCGCACGCAAGAUGAUCGAUUCGUUGUCAAGCAAAUGUCAAGAUUCGAAAUUCAAUCAUUCGUCAAAUUCGCUCCAAACUAUUUUGAUUACUUGACUACUGCUGCCACUGAGAAUAAGCUUACAACAUUGUGCAAAGUUUACGGAGUUUUCCGAAUUGGAUAUAAAAGUAAAACGACGACUCUUAAAGUGGACAUAUUGGUUAUGGAAUACCUUUUCUAUAAUCACAAUGUCAGCAAAGUUUGGGAUUUGAAAGGAUCUCUUCGUAAUAGGUUUGCGUCAGCCGGAAAAAGUUCUGCCGAAAUGGUGCUUCUUGAUGAAAACUUUGUGAAAGAUCUCUGGAACCAGCAACUUUAUGUUCUUCCUCAUUCAAAAGCAGCUCUCAACCAAGCAAUUAGUAACGAUAGUCAUUUCCUCAGCUCUCAGUACAUUAUGGAUUAUUCUCUACUCGUAGGAGUAGAUGAAGACAACGGAGAGUUGAUUCUCGGAAUCGUCGAUUACAUGCGUACUUAUACUUUGGAUAAGAAACUUGAAUCAUGGGUGAAAAUUGUGGCAAUCCCUGGAGCACAUCUACCCACUAUUUUGAGCCCAGAAAUGUAUUGUGCAAGGUUCUCUGAAGCAAUUGAUUCAUAUUUCCCCGUAGUUCCCGAUCAAUGGACAGGACUCGGCUCGGUGAGAUCUUACUGA